AUGGCGGGUUUCGGCGGGCCAGCGCCCAGCCCGAUCGCCGCGCAGCCAGCGCUGGCGCGGGGCGCGGGGCUUCCGGGGGCCGGAAGAGCCGUGGCGGCAGCCGUGGCGGCAGCGGUGGCGGCCGCGGACUGCACGCGUGCCAUCGUGGACAGUCAGUCGUGCCCCAAGGAAGACAGGUACGAGGGCAUCGUUAACAACGAGCCUGUGUGCAUGAAGUGCCUCGACUGGAUCGUGACGCACUUCCCUGGAGUUGACGUCGACACCAUCGUGCAGCAGAAGACUGAGAGGACGGACGUGACGGAGUUCGUGGGAGACGAGUGCUCCAAGACCAGGACUGCGCAGGAGACCGCGAUGAUGCCCACCUGCGACGUGGUUGAUGGUGAUCUGGUCAAGGGUGAGAUGUAUGUGAAGGCAUGCGCGCUGACGUUCUGGCAGUUUACACAGGAGUACAAGAAGACCCCGAAGCAGCUCAACGCCCACGCGUGGAAGGUCCCCGCGAAGAACGACGUGGUCUACCUCGUUGAGCGCACGGACGAGUUCAAGAAGAAGUACCCUUCCGUGCGGAUUUCGUUAGCACGGUUCACCGAGGUGAACUCGCGCAGGGGCGUCCAAGGCUUGGGCGAGGUCCAGCAGAGCAUCAUCAUGAGGACGGCUGGCCUCGAUGAGUUCAUGAAGGACAAGGAUUCGGAGCCUGCGCGGUACGUCUGGAAGGACUUCCCCAUGCUGUGCGAUGAGACGCUUCGGGACCGCGCGGAGAAGAUCGACGAGAAAAAGAGGGCCUCGAAGCGUAAAGCCCCUGCUGACGGUCUUUUCAGGAGCGCCUCGGCCAGCGCCAUCAUCGACGCCGACGCCGUGUCGAACCCUCGCGGAGGCGAGCGUGGUGAUGGGGCCUCUGAAGAUGGUUGUGACAGCGCCAUGGGUGGUGGGAGCGAUGAGGAUGACAACCCUGAGGCCACUGGCGGCCACCCAUCGGCCAAGAAGGCGAAGGCCGAUCACCCAGAGGCCUCGCCGACCGACGACGUCGACAUCCCGAUCGCGAGGCCGCACGUCAUCGAGGCACCGAGCAAACCCGUCGUGGAGCAGAACCCGUACCAACCGAAGGAGGCCCAGUAUUGGAUCCACGAGCUCAACCUCCAGGUCGCCUUCGACGGCAGCAAGAUGGGCGUGCCGUUCUCGCAAGCUGAGCAGCACAAGAGCAAGUUCAGCACGUCCGACAGGAACAACCUCACCAUCAAGGUCGAUCUGUGCAGGUUUGCAGUUGAGAUUAACACUGUGAACUGUCACAACUUGACCGACGAUGACUUGGCAACCAAAUGGGAGGCGUUGAAAAAGGCGGGGGCCACGCUAACACUCAAAGCGUGGGUCGCCCUUGCGUGCCGUUUCGCUUCGAAUGGUUUCAAGCUGGCGGACCAGGGGCCUCCAGAACAGAUCAGCGAGAACCUGAAAGACGUCCUCCGCUACAUCAGCCUGUGGACGGAUCACCCAGAUGACGAGAUGAGCGUGUUGAAAGUGGAUCUGGCCAGGCUGCCCUUGCGCGAUCGCGCCUUGGCCCGCGCCUUCUGCGACAUGAUAUUUAAGGACAUGCUGCCCAAGUGGUUCCAGGGCGGACAAGACAAGAAGGAGUACGUGGUCGAGUUCGCAGCGGCAGCUCGCGCUGCUUGGGACAACAUCGGGGAGAAUGCAUGCCUGGGCAGCGUGUGCGCGUCGGUAUACACUCAGUCCGUGAACGUGACCGAUGCGCUGCAGGUUCUUGGCGGCGACACGUUCUUGAAGGUGGAUGUCGGAGCAGACGUAUGGCAGACGAUUCGCGACAUCGACUCGGCGUCAGCUCGGAACGAGAACGAUCCAGGCCCAUUUCAGAUCGUCGGCCAGGCCAUUAUGACGAACGAGUUCUGGAAACACCAGAAGAAGAUGUGGUUAAAGCGCAUCCCGAAGAUCGAGCAGCACGGCAAGGACAUGAAGAAUGCGUACAAGGAGAUGCAGCACAUGAAGGCGGAGCCCACGGAGGCGUGCGGGAAUGUCUUGUGCGGUCUAGCGGGCAACGCACUGCUUUGGGAGGCAGGGUUUCCAGACUACGGCGUGGGUGAGUUGAAGGAGCGUAUCUUGCCGCUGGCAUCGAAUGCGACAGAGAUCGUGCUUCGUGGUAUUGAGGAAGCAGGUGGUGGUUCUUCGGCUGAGAACCUUAGCACAAUCACAGCCUUUCAGUCGCUGCAAAAGAAGCUACUCUUGCUUUUCCCUGGUGAGGACAACAUCGUGCGCUUUGGUACGGCGUUGCACAAGGCGUCGAAGCCCAUCGACGUCAGCACGAAGAUGGACGCGCUCAGGCGCACCAUCCAGACGCUGAACGGGCAAGAGGGUGGAGCGCUUGAGUUGCUGAAGCACGCGACGGGCGCUGUCAAGGGUCGCGCGCUGCCUGAUGAUAUCCAGGAGCUGUUCGGGGAGAAGGCGGUCAAGAUCCAAACGAAUCUCAUCGGGGAGGUGGGCGUCGAGGAUGACCUUGAGAAAGACGGCUGCUUCUUGAGGGACGCGACAGUCGAGUUGUUCAGCGUGUUGGAGCUCAUGGGCGAGCAUAGCCCUGACAAGAGCAAGGAUAAUAUCAACAAGACCACUGGCCUCCUGAAAGCUGUGUUUAACACGGUGAACCAGGUGCUCAAUGUCAAUGACGUCGCUGCGUAUUUCGUGUCGGACACCCAGCCGCCGACUACCAAGACCAGGGCAGAUAUGGACAAGGCCAUGGCCGACCUCACCGCCAGUUACCACGAAGCAGUGGUUGCCGCCAAGAACUGCAAGCACCACUACAAGGAGAGCGAGCGCGUCAUGAAGAUGAGCAUGCAGCUGAUCGGCCACAGCAAGGACACCAUCACGGAGCAGGGAAGCAUCAAGCGGGACAGCAUCAAGGACUACAUCGACAGGGAUCGUGCGAGUUUGAAGUCCGACCUGGAUGGCAACGAGACCUUGACGAGGUUCAGCCGCGAGCUGGAGAGCCAGCAGGACGUAGAUGCUAUAGUGCAGCUCCACAACGACACGGUCACUGGCUUGGACGCGACAGGCUUCGAGACGCGUGCGAAGGCGGUGGAGGAUGGCCUCAAGCAGUAUUGCAGCACGUGCGACAUGUUCUACCUGGUGCGCGAUGAGAAGUACGAGAAGGCUGUGCUGGAUGAACUCAGCUAUAUUCGGCAGACCACGGCGACGGUCCGCAUGAUCGCGAUCUUCGCGGACGGCAAGACGAUGAAGGACAAGGUGAAGAUGCAGGGCCUCGCGAAGGGGAUCGCCACCGACCUGAAGGACUGGUCCAUGAAGCCAGACGGCUUCAACAAGGUGCUCAAGGAGAGGUACCAGCUCGCGCUGAAGCACAGCUAG